AUGUCUGAUCAUCAAUUCAAACAUACAAAUGAUCAAAGAAGAGCAUCUUUAGUAUUUUCCCAAGGGAAACCAUCAUUAUAUUCCCCAAACGAUUUCAUAAAUAGUCCAUCAAGUACAAUUGAUGAAGAUGAUCAACAGCAACAAAAUGAAUCAUCAUCAUUAUUAAAUAAUCAAAAUCUUUAUCAUUAUCAAAGUAUAAAUAGAAAAUCAACAGAAUUAUUAGAAGAAGAACGUAAUUUACUACGGAAUAAUGAUUUAUAUAAUAGUGAUCAAAAUUCAGAUGAUAUUCCAGAAACUUGGGAAACUGCAAUAAAAUCAGGUUUAUUGAAAACUUCAUUCAAUUUAGAAACAAGAAGUUUAACAAAGAGUGCUGCUCCUCUUAUAGUUACUUUUCUUUUACAAAAUUCUCUUUCCCUUGCGUCAAUUUUUUCUGUGGGACAUAUUGGAAAAUCAGAAUUAGCUGGGAUUACCUUGGGUUCAAUGACUGCAAAUAUAACAGGUUUUGCUGCAAUCCAAGGAUUAACAACCUGUUUGGAUACACUUUGUUCCCAGGCUUUUGGAGCUGGGAAAUUUGAAUUAGUUGGAUUAAAUUUCCUAAGAUGUUCAAUAUUUGCUAUUACAUGUUUUUUACCAAUUUCGAUUAUAUGGAUAUUUGGUUCAGAAUUUUUAUUAAGUUUUAUAGUACCUGAUCCAGAAUUAAUUAAAAUUGCAUCAAAUUACUUGAGAGUGGUUUGUUGGGGUAUGCCAGGAUUUAUUUUUUUUGAAUGUGGGAAAAGAUUUUUACAAUGUCAAGGAAUUUUCCAUGCUUCAACAUAUGUAUUAUUAAUUUGUGCACCAUUAAACGCCUUGUUAAAUUGGGCAUUAGUUUGGAAAUUUGGAUUAGGUUAUAUUGGUGCUCCAAUUGCAAUUACAAUAAAUUAUUGGUUAAUGCCAUUAGGUUUAUUAUUUUAUACAUUAAUUUAUGAUCAAGAAACUUUGAGAUGUUGGCCAAAAGAUUUUAAAUUUGAACAAACUUUCCAAAAUUGGUCUAAAAUGAUUCAAUUAGCUUUACCUGGUGUUAUUAUGGUUGAAGCUGAAUUCCUUGGUUUUGAAAUUGUCACUAUAAUGGCUUCAAAUCUAGGUACAACAGAAUUAGCUUCACAAUCCGUGGCAUGUUCUAUAGUGGCAUUGGCUUAUCAAGUUCCUUUUAGUGUUUCAAUUGCUACUGCAACAAGAGUUGCAAAUUAUAUUGGUGCUUCAUUAACACAAAAUGGUAAAAAAUGUUGUAAAGCAUCAAUGAAUUUAGGUUUUUGGAUUGGAUUAAUUAAUUCUACAAUAAUUUGGAUUUUCAGGUAUCAAAUUACAAGUUUUUUCACAAAUGAUCAAGAAGUUAUUGAAAGAAUUGUUGGUAUUAUGCCAAUUAUGUUUAUUUAUGAAAUUGUUGAUUGUUUAAAUGCAUGUUCUGCUGGAUGUUUACGUGGUCAAGGUUUACAAAAAAUUGGAUCAUGGAUAAAUAUUUUUUCAUUUUAUAUUGUUGGAUUACCAAUUUCUUAUAUUUUAACAUUUAAAUUUAAUUGGAAUCUUUGGGGACUUUGGUCUGGUAUAUUAACUGGAUUAAUUUCAAUUUCUAUAUUACAAGCUAUAACUGUUUUCUAUUAUUGUGAUUGGGAUAAAAUUGUUGAUGAUGCUAAAAAGAGAAAUGAAGAUGUUGUAUGA